AGCUGUAGAAAUGCUGGGGGGGGGGUGACACCCCCCUGUUGGGAGUUGGUAUGACCCGGGCUGUGCUUCCUGCUGAUGGCUGCACUGGUCCAGUCUCGGAGGGGUUAAAUGGAGGAAGCAGUGCAAGUGUUACAGGGGAGGGGGGAGCUGCUAUUGGCUCAGAGCCUGCCUGUGUGCUGCCAGGAUAGGGUUAAUCCCUGGACCAAUGGGCAGGCAAUGGGGAAGGGUCACACACAGAAGGAGAGAGAGGAAAGAGACAGAGAGAGCGCUGCUCCCCCCCCCCCUUUAGAUUCCCCUGACAAUACUCUGAGAGACGUCACAAUCAGGGGGAGUGCUCUGGGCGCCUGUAGACUUUAUGUGUAACAUCACUUCCUAGCUGCCACCGCUGCUACUGCCAUCCUCACGCUGGGCUACUAUUCCCACAGGGGCUGCACAGCAUCCUCACCCCCACCCCCUGGAUGUACAGGAUCCUCACCCCCAGGCUGUAGCACCCCAUGGCUUGCCUGCCCGGCGAUGAGCCCCACAACCCGGCAACCAGGAGGCUCUAUUCAAGGAUGGAGGCCUCCUGCUUGGAGUUGGCACUGGAAGGGGAACGCCUGUGCAAGGCCGGCGAUUUCAAAGCUGGAGCCGUUUUCUUCGAAGCCGCGGUGCAGGUCGGGACGGAAGACCUGAAGACGCUUAGUGCCAUCUACAGUCAGCUCGGCAACGCUUACUUCUACCUGAAGGAGUUCUCCAAGGCUCUGGAAUACCACAAGCAUGACCUGACGUUGGCCAGGUCCAUCGGAGACCACAUUGGAGAAGCCAAGGCCAGCGGGAACCUGUGCAAUACCCUCAAGAUCCUGGGCCAGUACGACGAGGCCAUUGCUUGCUGCCAGAGGCACUUGGAUAUUUCCUUAGAGCAGGGAGACAGGGUGGGCGAGGCGCGAGCCCUGUAUAACGCCGGCAAUGUGUUCCACGCCAGGGGGAAGCAGUUAAGCUGGAAUAUGCCCCAGAUACCCGGAGACCUGUCCGAGGAAGUCAAGGAGACUCUAGAGAAAGCCACCGAGUAUUACCAAAGGAACUUGGCAUUGGUCAAAGAGUUGGGGGACCGGGCCGCCCAAGGUCGGGCAUAUGGAAACCUCGGCAACACCCACUACCUCCUGGGCAACUUCAGCGAGGCCAUUGCCUUCCAUAAAGAGAGAUUGGCCAUAGCCAAGGAAUUCGGAGACAAGGCGGCCGAGAGGCGGGCCUACAGCAACCUGGGAAACGCCCACAUAUUCCUGGGGAAGUUCGAUGUAUCCGCAGAGUAUUACAAGAAAACCCUGCAGCUCUCCCGGCAGCUGAAAGACCAGGCGGUGGAGGCCCAGGCUUGUUACAGUCUGGGAAACACUUACACCCUCCUGCGCGACUACGAGCGGGCGAUAGACUUCCACCUCAAGCACCUCUGCAUAGCGCAGGAACUGGGGGACCGGGUGGGGGAAGGCCGCGCCGCGUGGAGCCUGGGAAACGCCUACGUCUCCUCGGGGGAUCAUGGGAAAGCGCUGGGCUGCGCCCGGAAGCACCUGGAGAUCUCGCAGGAGAUCGGGGACAAGAAUGGGGAGCUGACGGCGCGUAUGAACAUAAUGCAGCUACGGUCGGCCCUCGGCAUCCAAGAUGGAGACUCGUCCCCCCAAUACGAUGGCUAUGAGGCCCAAGGGGCCCGGCCGAAGAGGGUACAGCGCCACAGCAUGGACAGCCUGGAACUGAUCCCAUUCCCCUCCGAUAAGGAGCAGAAUGGAGACGGCCCCCACCCGCUGGGUCUGAAACCGGACUCGGUGGCCAAGCCGUGCCGGAGCAAAAAGUACCGCAACCACCACUUCUGCCCCGAGGCAAACGCACAGGAGGUCCCUACUCUGGACUCCAACGACGUCCGGGUACAGAUGCCCCCCCUGAAAAUCAAUCGGGCGCCAUCGGACGAGGAAUGUUUCUUUGACCUCCUGAGUAAAUUCCAGAGCAACCGGAUGGACGACCAGAGGUGCCCGUUAGAGGAGAGCCAGACGGGGAUGUCGGAGGCCUCGGCUACCCCUGUGCCAGCGCCCGAGGACCGGAUAUCGGCCUCCUCAUUAAUGGCCUCCCCCCAGACGGAGGAGUUCUUUGAUCUGAUUGCCAGCUCCCAGAGUCGGCGGCUGGACGACCAACGGGCGAGCGUGGGCAACCUGCCGGGGCUGCGGCUAACGCACAACAACAUGGGCCACCUGAGAGUGGAAGGGGACCAGCAGGAGCCCGGGGACGAGUUCUUUAACAUGCUCAUGAAGUGCCAGUCUUCCCGGAUAGAUGACCAAAGAUGUGCCCCCCCAGACACCAUCCCCAGGGGUCCCACCAUGCCCGACGAAGACUUCUUCAGUCUGAUCCAGAGAGUCCAGGCCAAGCGAAUGGACGAGCAGCGAGUGGAUCUCUCCUCCAAUCAGGAGGAAGAAGAUGCCCGGCCGGAGGGGGAUCAGAGAUCGAGCAAUAGCUAGGGAUCCUCCCCCCCCCAGGACAGACAUGGGCCGUUCCCAAGGCAACAACCCACCGAGCAAUGGUAUUUAUGAAAGCACAGAGAUAUUUGCCCGGCCGAUGCCUAAAUCACAUUGGGCGCGAGGGGCGGCGUCUCGGUUACCCCAAGUGUUUUUCGGACAAAUCAUUGUUUACUUUUUAACUUAUAGACUGUUUUCUUAGCCAAUGAACUGAUGCCAAACAGAGUAGCCCCUCCCCCUGGGCCGUAGGAGCUGCCACAAGGUGGCAAACAGAGCCGGCGGCAAGUGGCACAGGGUUCAGUGUUACCCCGUCAGUACUGGGGCCCCCCGUAUGGCCAUUAUUCACGAAGUUAUGCCCCCCUCAUACAUACCCCAAAAUUCUGAGGCUUGUAGGUGAGUAGCCACUCAGUAGCCAUCAUGUUGGGGGGCAGAGACACGUGCCCAGCCAAUUAAACAGCCCAAUAUUCCCAAUGCACCAAUCACAUCAGCUCAUGUACUUACUCUGGGGCAGGGGCCAAAUACAGCAGAAUUGCCCCCCCGUAUUAGCCCUAGGCACCCCCAUCACUAGCCACUGCUUUUGAUCAAAAACAUUUGCCCACAGAUUUACACCCCCCUAACCCGAGGCACAGGUGGUACAUUCCAAAUCAUAGAGACCCCCCCCACCCUGGAAAUGGGACGUCGGGGGGCUCUCGGAAACUAAUUGACCACGUAUUUGAAUGUAUUAGGGGCCAGAGGUGCCCAACCGGCGGGCACGCUGGGAGUUGUAGUUCGGCCACAGGUUGGGCAGCCCUGUGAUAGGCUAUUUAUUUGCUUACUUGCCCUUUAGGAGUAGACUCUAUGGUACCGAGCCAAACUGCCAAAUAUAAUAUAUUCACAAGGUUUUAUUGUGCUUCAUAAAAAUAUUUUGUGGACUAACA